CCUCUUCUCUUAACGGGCUUUUAGAAGUUUCUGAUUCUUGAACAGUGAACACAAAUCACAGAGCUGAACUGGACCGUUACAGCACCAAAUCAGAGGAUGGAAAAGUUUCGCCCAGUGCUGGAUUUCAUGGUCAAUCACCAGAAGAUCUUGGGCUAUGGGGCAGUGUCUCUGCUGACUGCAGGUAGUGAGCGUAUCUUUUCUGUGGUGGUGUUCAAAUGUCCUUGCAACUCCUGGAAUACCCUUUAUGGUGGUGUGUUUCUGCUGAUGCCAGCCCUUAUUCUGUUUCUGCUGGGCUUGCUCCUGAAUGUACGUUCUUGGAAGGUGCUCACUGGAUGUUGCUCCAAAGGCAGACCAUGUAGUUGUCCUCGUGGGAAUCGCCUCCAGCGCCGCUUACAAGUGAUGGGCUUUGUAAUACUCAGUGCUGCCGUGGCUCCUCUCACGUGGAUUUCUGUGGCCUUGCUGGGAGGAAGUUUCUAUGAAUGUACUGCUACUGGGAGCCCCAUCUUACAGCAAUAUGUGUGCAAAGACAAAGGGGAAGAAUGCAUAAAAAUUCUGGUUAAAGUGCCUUGUCUCAGCUCUGUCUCUCCUUCUUCUGAACUGGAGAUACUCGCAACCCUUCGAGCUCAAUCACAGGUGUUUGGAUGGAUUUUGAUUGCCGGCAUCUUCACAGUGGCCCUUCUUGCCACCUGCAUUUCUCGCUGCCGUUCUCCAGUCAGCGUUCUUCAACUUGCAUUCUGGAAAGUCUACCUGCAGAAAGAACAACAACUUUUUGAAACCAUGGCCAAAGAACACGCGUCAAAGUUAGCAGAGAGGAAUCUUAAAAGCUUCUUUGAUUCCACUGAGUUGGAACCAUUUCAGACCCCAAGCACCAAAGCCUGGGAUAACAUUUCCUCCUUGUUUGCCUUUAAUCCUAAAGUCAAUUACUACAGUAUGAUACAUAAAUAUGUCAGUCAAAAAUCUCAAAGUGGUAGCAUUAAGUCUGCUGAAGGAGAUAUAUACCCCAGUUGUUUGCAAUUUGUAGAUAGUGCAAAUGUUGAAGUCUAAAUUUUGUAACAACUGAGAAAAUGCCUCAAACAACAGUCUUCCUAGCCUCAUAAAGGUGGAAGCGGGAGGCCUAUUUGUUUGCAAGAGUUUGUUAUUGUAACCUUCUAAUAAAAGUAGCAUUAGCUUUCAUAAUUUUGGUUUCCCAGUCUGGUCUACCUUAAAGGGCUGACAAGUAUCAAGGCUUGUUAAUAGAUACAUUAUGCAAUAUUUCAUUACUUCAUUACAUGGAGUGUUCCCAAUUCUUGCUUGUUUCCCCUCCCCCCCCAUUUCUGCACAUGUGCUGUUCAUGAUUCUUGUUGUCAGGUUUUCAUUUAAUAAGAAGUAAAACAUCUGUUCUAUCAUGAA